GAAGAUGGCGCCGUACAGAGGAAACGAGGACAACAUUGCUCGUUUUGAGAUGAGGUGCGUUUGUGCUUCGAAUUACACACCCAAGUCGUGAUUGAUACGUAAGUUUACAACAUUUUAUAUGACUUUCAUUCACACUGACCUCCCAAAACUGUGUAGAAACAUUAGAAGUUGACUAUGACCUACUCUUAGCCGGAGAACUCCGUGGUUGGCAGGUUACCAACCUCGAUCCCUUUCGAAUGGUGCUCUGAUACUCUCAGUUACGUACGCUAGAGACACGCAAUGUAAGGAUCAACUUUUUACGUUCGAUUUAACCAAUCUACCUCAUGCUCUACCUCGCCGAUGGCCGCAUAUGCCGACUCGAUUGGGGAGCAGUUGGGAUGCCCUCUCUGCCACAACCGAUUUGACGACCCUCGAAUAUUGCCAUGUCUCCAUUCCUUUUGCAAGCGAUGCCUUGAACAGGCCACACGGGACCAGGGUCCCUCCCCGUCUCAGCCAGGACAGGAGUUUUCGGGACCCCUAGAAUGUCCGACAUGUCACCAAGUCGUCCCCCUUAACUCUGGGGGGAUCGACAGCUUGCCUUCCAACUUAAUUGUGUCAAACAUUUUUGACGUAAUGGUAUCAACACAACAUGAUUUAGAAGACUCCUCUAUAGAUUUGGAACGACAACGACCCAUAACAGGUACGAAGUGGUGCAACUCGUGUGACGAGGGUAGCAAAGCAACGUGCGUUUGUAAAAACUGCAGCGAAUACCUGUGUGAUAACUGUGUACGGGCACAUCAAAGAGUUAGGCUCACUAAAGAUCACUUCAUUGAACGUUUUUCGAUGUUAAAUCUACAAUCAAGCAGCAUUUUACAUCUAGGUACAACAUGCCAACCUCGACUGAGCUCACCAUCAAUGCAACAACAACAGCAGCAACAGGAAUAUCAACAACAAAAACAACAACAGCAACAAGCCAUAGCUCACCCUGAUCACCAGGACAGUUAUUGUACUCGACAUGAACAUGGAAUAUUGCGUUUAUACUGUGAUACCUGUUCAAGGGCAAUAUGUGGUGAUUGUACCAUGAAUGAGCAUGUUGGACAUAAUUUCAUAUACCUUCAAGAUGCAAUAGAUAAUUCCAAAACAAUAACAUUGAAACUUCUCGCAGAUGCCAAAGCAGGGAUCAAAGCUCUUGAAGAAAGUAUUGAGCUCACUCAGGGAAUGGCCGAGCGUGUGGAAGUUAGAACUCAGGCAGUUACAACAGAAGUGAGAACUAUCAUUCACAGACACAUGGCAGCGCUGGAAGAAAGAGAACGCGAUUUAUUGCGUCGUGUAGAAAAAAUUCGCCAGGUCAAAGGAAAAUCGUUACAUAUACAAGUUGAUGAUCUUAAACAGGGACUUUCUUCACUUAUGCAAACAGUCAGUGAAGUUGAAAAACUUCUAAAUACGGGUACACAGAUUGAUAUACUCAAAACCAAAGACCAAAUGGUUGCAGAAAUGCAGAAUGUUCGAAAAUUGCGUGGUCACUUACAACCACAUGAAGAUGACUGUAUCAUGUUUACACCUCCAGAUUUGGCAUUGUAUAAUGCUAUCGGCAAGAUGGGAAUAAUCAGUAGUAGUGCAUAUGCACCGAAUUGCAUUGCUACUGGUGAUGGGCUAAAGAAAGCUUUAAAAGGAAAAGUUUCACUUUUCAUGAUUCACACUAAAGAUCAUCAUGGGGAGCCUCGCGUAAUCGGUGGGGACCCAGUGGAGUGCAUCAUUCAUAGUUCAGAUGGUGCAUUCUAUCGGGCAGAAGUAAUAGAUCGACAAAAUGGCACUUAUGCAGUCACAUAUCGUCCACAACUAGAAGGACAGCAUAUCAUAUCAGUGACAAUACAUGGCAAACAUAUAGCAGAGAGCCCUUUCACUGUCAAUAUUCGCAGUGGACGUAACUACGCAACAAUAGGACCAAUGUUGUUCGAGUUCGGAGGGGAGGGAGAGGUAGAAGGAAAGCUGUGUCGACCCUGGGGCGUUUGUUGUGACCGUGAUGGAAAUGUUGUAAUUGCAGACCGAAGCAACAAUCGUAUCCAAGUCUUCAACUCGGACGGCACAUUUUGUCACAGGUUCGGAACCUCUGGUACACGAAAUGGACAAUUUGAUCGCCCAGCAGGUGUCGCAUGUGAUAAUCAAGGGCGAAUAAUUGUGGCAGACAAAGACAACCAUAGAGUGCAGAUUUUCACAAUAGAUGGGACAUUUCUGUUGAAGUUUGGUGAAAAGGGGAAUAAAAAUGGCCAGUUCAAUUACCCAUGGGAUGUAGCUGUCAAUAGUGAUGGCAAGAUUCUGGUUUCCGACACCAGGAAUCAUCGAGUUCAACUUUUUUCACCAGAUGGACAGUUUGUGAACAAAUACGGGUUUGAAGGAUCUCUUUGGAAGCAUUUUGAUUCACCACGUGGUGUGUGUUUCAACAACGAGGGUCAUAUGGUGGUUACCGAUUUCAACAACCACCGACUUCUGGUAAUCCACCCAGACUUCCAAACAGCUCGGUUUUUGGGAACUGAGGGUAGUGCAAAUGGUCAAUUUCUACGACCACAAGGCGUGGUGGUGGACCAAGAAGGGAACAUCAUUGUAGCUGAUUCUAGGAAUCAUCGCAUUCAGGUGUUCCAACCAAAUGGCAAUUUCCUGUGUAAAUUUGGAACCCCUGGAGCAGGCCCAGGGCAGCUUGAUCGUCCCUCUGGUCUGUGUGUCUCCCCAGAAGGCUAUAUUAUUGUGGUGGACUUUGGAAACAAUCGCUUACAGGUAUUUUAAGAAAUACUAAAAACUAAAGUGGUACAUUGUACUGUGUCGUGGAGCUAGCUUCUACUCUUUAAGGGUAUGCUUUUUGCAUUGCUGCUCAGGUGUACAGUAACGUUUCAUUAUUUGCUAACUCAGGUUUUGUACUGCCAAAGGCAAACAUAAAGCUCAGGGAUAAAGUUAGUAGAUUGUAGUAUUACUAGUACUCUUGUCACAUGCCAUUGAUUCUAUGUGUUUUGUAUAGUUUAUUGGUAACGGAAACUGGAGAUUAUUUAUUGGAUUAUUCAAAAGAAAAAAAUAUUUUCAGUUUUACAUGUACUUUUCAAGGAACUGUGUUUUAUAUUUUACACAUUUUCUCUUCCUCUUAUUUUUCACUUUUUUUCCUUCAAUACUGACUGUGUAAUGCCUAGCAUUGAAUUGAAUGUCUUGACAACACUCUCUAUGCCAGAAAACUCAGUUUUUUUUAUUAUGGAAUAUUUUGGAGAGAGAAAAAUUAUAACAAAUUACCUCCCCUUAUUACAUUUUUCUGACUACUACCUCAUUGGUUUUGAAUUAUGUUGUCAUGCUCCGUUUUCUAAUCAUGAAAAAAUUCCAUAUUUUGUGGCAAUAAAUUUGUUUUUAGAUAACUAUAGAUAGUCAGUUCUUUCGUAAUCUUGGGUGAAUAUUAUUCAGCACUUGCCACACACACUUCAAGAGUAGGAGGGAUAUUUUAUAUGUUGUUUACAUAAUUUUUUAACUGUAUUCAUUUCAAUCUGCGACAGUUUGUAUGGCAAGUAGACCUCUGGGACACAAUUUGCCAUAGGUGUUUGUUGGAGUUAUAAACUCCGUGAUAGAACCGAAAGGCCUUAUGAAUGUUAAAAAAGACAUGCAUUUCAGAGUAGUGAUUUUUUUCAUUCAAUAGAGCAAAAAAAUUGGCAUAUAUUUAUAUAUAUAUAAUAUUUAUAUAUAUAAUUAGUAUUAAAAUUCAAUAUGAAACUUAUCCAUUUCCCAUACAUCGUUAAUGUGUGAUAGGAUGUACACAAUUUAGCUAUAUUUCAACCUGAGAAAUAGACAUUUAUAUAUAAAUAUGUAUGAGAAAAAUAGAAACUAUAGCUAUGCCAAUUAACAAGACCAACUGGAUUCAGCAUAUUUGCCAAUUUACAUUAUUUUUGCAAUUUUUGUCCCAAAUUUUAAAGUAUAUUUUAACGUAGUUAAGCUUUCACCUUGCACAAACAUGAAUAUUAUUGAAAGUGAACUCCACACAAUUCUCAAAUUUAAAAUUAUUUUCAUGAAAACUCAUCUAAAACAUAACAUUACAUUUAAUAUGCUUCUUUAACAUGAAAAACAAUAGAUUUUAGGUGCUUAUCAAUUUUAAUAUAGUGGCAUAAAAGGGUAAUUCAUGUAAAAAUUUGUAUAAGGUUUCCCUGUUGGGAACCUCACUUGUGCUGCCAUGUGGUAGAAAUCCCCAAUACUGAUAAUCAGUACAUAGAUCUAGUAUACCUCUACACAAUGGGCCCUGUGUGUACCAAGCCACUGGUCAGUUGUGACUGUGUAGUGGGCAGGCAGCCUGUUGCAUAAUACUUGACCAAUGGUUUCAGGGCUUAGCAGCUAGGUCAGGUGACCAGGUAAACUGUGUUUAUGAAAAUGGUCAGUGCUUUAUAUUUAUACAGUAAACAUUUUCCUUAUCAAACAUUCAUGUGCUUACAAUUCCCUAGCAAAUUGACUUUCAUGAUGAGAAAGGUACAACCUAUAUAUAUUCAUGAUAAUUGUGUGGAUAAAGUAUUCUAAUAUUCAAGUGUAAGCUAUAAUAAAACAAUUUUAUUAUUAUACUUUGUCACCUAUGCUCAUCAUCAGAUCAAUGUUUCUGAAGUAAAUAGUGUACACAAUAUAUGUACACCUGUUUUUAAUGAAGUUAAUCAUGUUAACAGAUGCUUGUAUGCUUUUAAAAGUUUUUACUACAACACUGUUAGUAAUGACGCACUAAUCAGUUUAAGCUUUUGCUUGUGCUCUGUUUUUUAUGAAAUACCCAGUACAGUUAAUCAAUUAAAUUUAUUAAAUGUUUAUAAAUAACUAACCAAAGUAUAUUAUAAUAAAUGUCAGUAUGAUGGCCGUUUCCUCAAUGCUCAAGAUAUUUACAAGUUAUUUGCAUCCAUCAGUAAUUAAAAAAAAAAUCUUGGAAGAUCCUCAUACUCACCUGUAUACACGAUUCAGCUUUUAUUUAUGGUUUUAAUUGAAAAUGAGCCUCCAAAAAAAAGAGAAAAUAUACAGAAAUUAAAUGGCAGACACAACAUAGAAGUAACGCAAAACUUUCGGGAAGCGUUCAAUAUCCAAAAUUUUGUUUAAAAUAAACUAGAACUGCCUGGGAAGCUUAUUCGAUUGAACACUGAGGUCAACUGUAAUAAGAUGUGCAGGAACUGUGUGUAAAAAUCAAUACCACGAUACCUACAACCAUGUACAGCUAUGUCUAUGUGGAGAUGGCUCCAUCAGCACCAGGCUGGGGACAAACCGUUUUACAGAAUAACAGGAGAUAUUUUCUCAAACAGUUGUGUUAUAAGGCAAUGAAAGUUUUUAAUCGCAUCACCAUUUAUAAGGCUAAGUGUUGGAGAUUGUUUGGAAAUAAAGAAUUCAAUUUUCUGUUCUGUUGUAUGGAAUAUUUAAGUAUAAAGAUUUUUUUAUAGUUUUUCUUAAAUUUUGCAAAUAUGUAGUUUGGGAAGAAUGGAAUACCUGAUAAAUAGGCUUGGGAAAAAUAUUUAUAAUGAAGUACACUGCAGUUAUUAAAAGGUAUUAAAAUAAAUUACUGCUAUAGUCCUCACUCAGAUUUAUAAAAUUAGGAGAAAGGAUAUUGUUUUUGUAAUCUAAACAAAUCUUCCUUGCUAAAGAUGUGUAAUUGCUGUAUAAUCUAAAGAUAUGCUACCAUUUGAUGACUUUUGAAGAUUAUUUGUUGAGACUUAUAAACGGAUAUGUAUUGAUAGGGAAUAUUUUCUCAUGAUGGAAAAAAUUGAUAUGGAAAAAUGGGGUUUUAUAACUCUACAACAAAUGUGCAUGUCACACCUACGCAUUUUGUACAUGCUCCAAUAUAUGUACAUAUGAUUCUGGUAUUGAUAAUAUACUGCUGGUAUUGAUAACAGAGAUCUGUAUACUUUACUAGCUAUGUAUAGUACAUAAACACACACACAUACUUGGUGUGUGAGUGUGUAUGUGCUAGGUCAGGAAACACAGGUCAUUCUGCUGUUGACCUCUAGAUCUACCACAGCAAAAUUCCCCUGUAGGGUACACAUACCAUGCCUGGUCAGCCCAGUGGACACUGGCCACCACUAUAGUUAACAGAGGCUUAGUCCACCAUUGGGUCAUCUGAUAGUCUAUUGACUCACUCUAGUUCCAGCUAGGAUAUUGACAAUGGGAUUAUUUCACUUUAGACAAAUUUGGUUUUAGUUGAAAAGCAACUUAAAAAAAAUAUUCACACAUGAUGGGACAGUGCAUAACCUACAGCUACAUAUCAGUUAUGUCUUUGAUUUUGAGAAAGUUUUUCAGACCAGGAACUAAUAAUAUAUAUAUAUCCUUAUUUCAGACACAAGUUUGGAUGAGAAUUCUGAACAUAUAGAAAAAUUGUCAAUUAGUUAGUUUUGAUUUUGCUAGUGGGUAACUAUUGAAUUAAAGUUGUAGGUAACUGACUUACAUCAUCGCAUCUUCAAAGUCUGUAGAUUAAAUCUACAUAGUGUAGCGGGACUGGACUGGGUCGAUCAUCGGUGACCAGCUGGUAGCUCAAUUGGUAGAGCAUCUGGCUAGUGUUCGUAGGUCCCGGGUUCGAACCCCGGUCUGGACGCUACAUUUUCUCCUCUCCUGUUACAAUAGCAUUAGCUGUGUAUAUAUCGUGAGCUGUUGAGGACGAUUCCUCCAUAGUUAUAUAUAUAUGCACAUUAUUUUGUCAUUGAUAAUGGCUACAUAUAUUUCCUAGUAUAAAGCAGUCUUCGUAUGCUGUAAGUAUCGGAAACUAGAGCACUCAUGCUGUCAUACCCCUGUUAUUAUCCAUACCGUAACUUGUGUAUUUCAAAGCUUUCUGAUUGUGAUUAAAAUCAAGUAAAUGCACCGGUGAGAGUCAGUUACCAUGUAAGGGGUGGCGUAGUAUAUUCAUAUAUGUAAGUAAUGUUAUUGAUUUUUGUGGAUUUUGUUUCAUCGUCAAAUGGCUGUUGAAUUGAGCAUUAUGUCUUUCUGAGGGUUCAAAACUAAAUAGCAGUACCAUAUGUAGGGUGGAGUAAAAUGAGGCUAUGCCUUACAUACUGAUGUAUUGUCUAACCCUGGAGUUGCUACUGUCGUGUUAUAGACAUGUUGUAUUUGUAUAUAACCUUGCAGAGGUGUUCAUCUUGUUGAUUUUUCAUUUGAGGAAACAUUGGUAGAUUGUUUUGCUUAGGCAUAAAGAGACAUUUCUUCAUGUAAUUGAUUUCUUUAUUUUCAAGAGGAAAUUUGAUUAGCUUUGAUUUUCAGAUUGUAAAAUGCUUCUUCUCUGUUGUUUGAACUACCACUUGUAUUAUUCUGGUUUGGAAAUCAUAUUUGAAAUGAAAAUCCGUAAGAUUUGGUCUCAAAAAUCAAAGUUAAACAAAUUGUUUGUAAAAUAUCUUCAAGUAUAUACCAAAGGUGACAUUCACAGAACAAGAGCUAAUUUAAGAAUAUUUCUUUUUUACCUGAAGAAAUCAAAACAUUCAGUAAUAUGUUGUUUAAAUUUUUUGUAAAAGAUUUGCAUUGAAUUCUUUGUUAAUUUACUUUUUAUAAAUUAAUUUUCCCGACUAUUCGCUUACAUCCAAAUUGAUGAAAUUUUACAUAUUUCUGAAGAAUUUAAAAUUUUCCCAGCAUUGGUAAUUUAUAUGAUCAUCUAUAAUACUCUAUUUAUCAAAUUCAUUUUAUUUUAUUUAACAACUUAACUUAACAACUUCAUUAUGUUAAAAAAAGUGCGGUUUAUGAUUUGGCGCAAAAAGAUAUGGACGAAUUAACUAAUGUAAGAAACUGAGAAGCAUUAGAUUAUCAAAAUGGAAUGAAAAGUAAAGGAAAAUAAUUGAAAAAAACCGUAAAUUAACAUAGAACCUACAGGGUUUUCUUAACCAUUUUGUAUGCUUUUGUAUGGAAAAAUGAAAAAGUGGUUAGGAUUUGAUUGAGAGUAGGGGAUUUGUCAUGUCAUUAAAUGAAGAUAAAGGAAUGGAGGAAAUGUUUGUAAUGAUCUUGUGAUAUCUACUUCUCUUGUCUUCCUGAAUGGGAUAGCUGGCAUCCCUGUGUGUUAAUAUAGAUAUAUACGAUGUGUUACAAAUUAUACCAAAGUUUUAUACUGGGAAAUUCAUAGCCAAACCAGUAUUUUACAUUUAACUCUAUCUUAUACGAUUUUACACAUAACACCAUUUUAUACACGACACCAUUGAUAUCUAUCCCAUCAGUAACACCACGGCCGUCUUAUAACACCACCUUACAUGGUUUUACACAUAACACCAUUUUAUACACGACACCAUUGAUAUCUAUCCCAUCAGUAACACCACAUCCGUCUUAUAACACCACCUUACAUGGUUUUAUACAUAACACCAUCUUAUACGAUUUUACACAGAACACCAUUUUAUACACGACACCAUUGAUAUCUAUCCCAUCAGUAACACCACGGCCGUCUUAUAACACCACCUUACAUGGUUUUAUACAUAACACCAUCUUAUACGAUUUUACACAUAACACCAUUUUAUACACGGCACCAUUGAUAUCUAUCCCAUCAGUAACACCAUGGCCGUCUUAUAACACCACCUUACAUGGUUUUAUACAUAACACCAUUUUAUACAUGACACCAUCGAUAUCUCAAAACAAUUUUAUCAAUAACAUCAUGUUAUACCAUUUUAAGCAUAACACAAUGCAAAUAACACCAUUUUUACACUAUGACCACACCAUUCACUAUAUAUAUGCUGCACAUGUAUAAAACUAAUAUUCUUCUACAGAGGAAAUAAAAGUAAAUGUUUUAUGUUCAAUUUCGAAAAAAUAAAUCACCCUUUAUUCAACAAACGGGAAUCACUAAGAAUAUUUAUUUUUCAAUAUUGUUUCAGUAGGAGUGUACAUGUUUAUAUACCACACUGGACAAUUUCUAAUUGGGAAAGAAAUUGAAAAGUGUAUCAAUAUGAUGAAGACAGAACACUUUGACGUUUUAACGUAGCACAGUUGCUGCUUGUUCAUAUAUAUGUUGAUGUAAAUAUAAAAGUUUUGUACAUAGCUGGUUGUUAUGUUGGACAGGCUUAUAAGUAACUGUGAAAACCAAAAUCUACCUCAGAUUCUUUUGUUUCCUUAUUUUUGGAGCAUGUAGCAUUACUAUAUAUAGUGUGUAGGUUUGUAUAUGUCUGAUCUAGAUGUCUAGUAUCAUAAAUGUUAGUCCAUGUACCCCGAUAGAUAUUCACGAUUACUGUUUUAUGGUGUGUUGAUACUAAGGUAAAUAUGGUAAUGAGUGUAAGGUACUGCAAAUAUGCUUGUGUUGUACUGGUACGUGUGUACCUGGAUAAAGGUAUGUUGUUUAUUCACAAACCAAGCUUUUUUACCCCUCAUUCACGCAUCUUCUGAUCUUCCUAAAUGUUACCUGUGUUAUACAUGGGAAGAUAAAAUUGUUGUGACUCUUACCUCAACACUUUUUAAAUUUGAGUAGUAUUGUUACAUUAUUGGUCGUGGUUAUCUGAACAUAAAAUCCAAAUUUAUUAAUAUUAGGGUUAAUUUGUAAUGUUAUGCUGACUUUAAAAUGAAAUAAGAGUUAGUGAAAAAGAUUUUCUAUCAAUCUAGUUUGAAAUGUAUUACCUGUGAUUUCAAAGUUGAAAGUAAUUUAAAACAAAAUUAAUUAAAAAAAAAUGUUUUUGAGAAAUAUUGGGAUCAAAUAACAUUUAGAGCCUAUAUAAAUAUGCUCCUGUAAUCCUUAAAAUGUUCAAACAAAAACAAAAAACCCUCCAAAACCCCCCCCCAAAAAAUCAUGCAAAAGAAAAACAACAACAAAAAAACAAACAAAAAACAUUUGAAGUAAUUUUGUAUCUUUUAAGAAUUAUACAUGUAUUUCAGAACCUUAUUUUUAGCUAAAUGAUUCUCAUAAUUUCUUGGAAUGCUUCUGACAACUAACAUUUUUUCCCCUCACAUAUAACAGCAGUCUUGUUUAGAUGUAUUUCCAAAUUCAGGUUUCAUUCUUUGUUACGGAAACAAUGCAAAAGAGCAGAUUGAUCUCCAGAUACUUUUACCUCAGACAACUAAGGGGAUAUUUUAUUGAACCUUAUUUUAACGGGCAAUUGUGUGAUUUUAACCGAUAUACAAUGUAUACCAGGUACAUACUGUGAACAUUUCAUUUUAAUCUAUAGAAAUCUUAAGCUUCAGCAACUGCAUGAACAUUGCUGAGGAGGUGAAGAAACAAUGCUAAAGCUUAAAGCUACUUUACAUAUGUUUUUAAUGAUGUUGAUGUGAAGAGACAAAAUGAUUUGCAAAUUAAUAUGUUUUGUAUAUAUAAAUAUAUAUAUAUAUAUGCGGGUUUACAUGUAGGGAGUAGUAGAUCAUAUCCAUGUUUAUAUUUCAUCGCUUCACCAGAUACACAGAUUUUAAAGUCGUGAACAUUUGUGCUUUUUCUAGUCUGUGGUGUUAAAAAAGAACAUCACUAUAUAAAUUAUUAAUGGACAUGUGUUUUAGCAUAUUGGUGAAAAAAUAAUCAUGUUUGAAAAAAUCACAAUUUCACUGCUAAAUUGUGUGAAAAUUGAUGAUCACAGAGGUCAUUUAUUAGCGGACUUGUUUGCUGUCAUAAUGUUGUAAUACCAUAAAAAUUAACUGCUCAUUUAAAAUGAAAAUUGCGUUUCUUUCCCCUGGCUGCUUGUAGCUGACAUGCUUGCAGCAUGCAUGUCGCAACCUGCGUUAACUUGAUGUCAAAUUUUAUCAUUUAAUUACUACACACUUUUUUUGUCGUAACUUAAAACAUUAGUGUUAAGAGACCAAAAAAAUGUUGGAGGGUCGAUUAGACCCAUAGAAUUGUGGUGGAGCGGUGAGACGGAUUGACUGCAGUUUCCAUUAAAGUGACAAGGGAGGCUGAUGAUAACAGGCGUGUUAUUGGCAGCCCACAGUUCCAGGAUUGGGGAGGCUGGCAAAUUAGCAAAAUCGAAAAAAAAAAAAAAAAUCGAAAAAAUCUUAAUAUUAUUAUUUCAAUAUUUGAAGAAAUGAAUGUCUGUUUCAAUUUAAAUUUGAUGUAUAUUGUUUUAAUAGGUUCAUUUAUUUUAAAAUUUAAUUGUUUCAAAUCUUUUUAAAAUCAAUUCGCACCAGUGACUAUAAUGGAAGCUCCGGUUCUAGUAAUGAAUACUUAUCCUUAAACAGAAGUAAUAAUAGCUCUCAAAAUUUAAAAAUAUUUAUAGGUAUAAAAAAAAUCAUGAAAACCUUAUCAAAUCAGCUGGGGAUCAGGAGAAUACACAAGUGACUUAAGUGUUUUAUUCUUUGUGCCUGAACUUUUCAGUGCUUCACUGGUAAUGUCACAUUCUCUAGACAAUAAUAUGUUAUUAAUUCCUAUUAAUGUAUUACCGGUAAUGUUGCCAGCUUUGAUGAGGGUGAUAUGUUUAUUACAGCAGCUGUGAUCCUAUUAGCCUGUGUAGAAUGUAGACCAUUGUUUAUCCUGUUUUAUUGUAUGUGAAAAAAAAUUGUAUUAUUCUGACUUUUUAAGACCUGAUAGGAAUAGUAUAGCUAUGUUUCAUUUAUAGAACUUGUUUAGUUUGAUAGUGUUAGUAUUUAGCACUGGUUCUUUAAUACUUUCCAUCUUUUUGUUUGCAUUGGCAUGUUAAAGUUUCAGAUAUAAGCACGGGUUUUACUUUAUUUCAAAUAUUUUUUUUUCAUUUAUUUCAUCGGCAUGUAUCUGUUAAUUAAUAUUUCAUCCAGAGUAUCACUGUAGCGCUAAUAUCAUUGCAUGUACACUAAUUUUAGAUAGAAAUUAAUUUUGUGAUAUUACUCUUUGAGCCAACCUCAAUUUUUAACAAUGUUUGUUAUUUUUGAUAAAUAUGACAGAAAAUUAUCAGAUUGAAAUUUUCUCACAGAUGGUUUCUGGAGGUGGUGUUUAGGUACAUUUUUAACAUCUAAAGCACUGCUACAGACAUUUCCCAAGAUAUGUUAAAUUUUGGCGAUGUCCCCAGCAGUCUAUAGGUAGACAGCAUCCUGCUACCCCCUAAACCAGUAAUAGACUUGCCAAUUUCACAGGAAUGAUGAGUCUUAUCAUGGAAUUGGAGGGUAGAGGUUGGAAUUGAAAAAAAAAAUCCAUAAUGCUUACUCACAGUAUACAUGUAAAUUUACCAGCCAAAAACGUGCAUAAGGAAUAUGGCUGCAGGGAGAUCUGGCUUCUGAUUGGAUAAUGAUAAGGAAACCACUUGCCCUUAUUUGGUAUGGCGAUAACAGUUAAAACAGGAAAGAUGGACUGAAAUUUCACUGUCUGUUCAAAAUCUGUUCAAUUGUCUGUUCAAAAGCAGUAAAAUAGAAUAGAUAAACUGUAGAAUUACUUUUGUCUGUUUAAAAACAAGACUAAUACAUUAGACUUAUGUUCCUCUUUCCAUCUCUAAUGCAUGCUUACUGUGGCAUGGUUGUAUACAAACAUGUGUACAUACAGCAAACAGUUCCUCUGUUGUAAGUUUACUAAUAUAAGUAUAAUUAUAGAUUUGUAUAAAAAUUGAAGUAGCUAACUAGCCCAGUUAUAUGUAAGGUUGCCUAUGUAUGUGUUUUAAAUGAGCAUUUUUGAGUGAUGGUUAAUGUUUGGAGUAGUGUAUACCUGUAGUAUAUCGACACAAGUGUUAGAACAAUAGGUUACAUACAUGUAUUGAUCCUACCCAUGAAUUCUUAACACAGUUACCCAGCAACUAAUGCAGAAUGUAUCAGAUUGAUAUUUAAAAUUUUAUAUCAGAAGAAAAAUCAGACUACAACAUUUGUAUUCUGUUAAUCCUUGUUCGAUUUGUAAAGAUAUGCUUGAAAAGCUACUAUUUCUAGUGAUGUUUUGAACAAAAAAUUUUCAGUUUUGGACUUCGAGUCUUUGUGUUUCGGACUUUUGACAUUCUGAGACCUACCACUCUUUUGAUAAUGAGAUUCAAUAAUAUUUUGAAAAUGUCGAAGUUAAGUUCUUCCCUGAAAAGGUCCUAGAUUAGUGCUAAAAAAAAUUCAGAUGGGUCAAAGAUAAUAGCUCGGGGCGAAUUCAUUAUUUCUAACUUGUGUAGGCAAAUGGGAAUUUACGUAACUGAUUAAGUUUGAUUUCCAGCAUUAUGUUAGAAACUCUUGUUUUUGUCAUUAAAACGGGUAUAAACUCUUACGAAUGUUAAUUUUAUUAGUCAGUUCUUUGAUGUUAUCCCAGUCAUUUUAACCAUGUAUUAAUCAACCUGCUUGAAGCACCUGUUAUAAAAAAAAUGGUGACAUAAGUAUGAUAACCUAUUACCUCCUCGCAUAGAUGUAUAUGUCUGGGUAGACAUUAUAACUGGUGUGUGUAUUAUAUAUAUAAGCAUUGUUAAAUGUUACCUAGUUUCUUGUUAAAAACUUCAUAUUGCGCAUUUCAACAAAUUAUAACUCAGGCAGCGGCGUGUGUUGAUGAAGGUAUCGCCAAAAAUAUGUGUGUAUAUUUCAGUUAAUGUCCAUUGCUUGUGAAAUGCUUCAAGGGUUGCAUUUUGCAGUCAAAUGCCAUAGUGUUUGCAUUGAUUUUUUAUAUACAUAUUUUUUCUUUUUAUUCUAUAGUGUACUGUUUCUUGUUUGGUCAAAGACCGCUUUGCAUGCAUGUUUUGUGCAGGAAAGUGUAUAACUCCGCUCAGAGCGGUGUGUACUGCCAUUUGAAAAUAUUUUGGAGAAAGAAACAGCAAUUUUUUUUGCGAAUAAACCACCAAUGUUCUUCUUUUGCUUGAAAAGCAUUGAUUGUACAUGUAUUUGUACUAAAAGCUUAGCUGAAAUAAUAUACCCAGUGAGAACUUGCUUGUUAAAAAGUUGAUGUGUAAUUUGUUUGUGAGUAGCUUGCAGAUAGUGUUAUUUGUUUCAUCAUUCUUCCCUCUCUUGCAAAUCUCAACAUUCAUUUGUUGUAAUUUUUAAAAUGGAAGCAAAAUCUUCAAAUUUUGAAUUAAAAGACCAAAAUAUUAAAGAAAAUCCCAUGUUAUUUUAUUCCUUAGUAUUACGAUUUGGACAUCAAUUAUGUUGUGAUAAAAAAGUCAAAAUAACUGAAUGGCUGAAUUUAUAUUUGAGAAUUUAAAAUUUAGAAAGAAUAACCAGCGCAAUUUUUGUUGGAUUUUUUAAAGCCAUAAUUUUACAUCACAAGCACAUAAAAGAAAAACCAGAAGUGGAAAAAAUCACUUUAAAAAAUUGAUAUGUGCUUUUUGUAUAAUGCAUGUGCUAUCAUAAAAAUGAAAAACACAAUAUGGAGUGCUCAUCAGAAAUUUGCAAAGCAAAGACAUAUACAUGCCAUAAUCACUAAGGAUUUUUUAAUUUAUUUUAAAUAAAAUGAUUUUUUCUUUUCAAAAAAACAAUCUUCUGUAAGUUCUGUAUUGUAUAAAAGUGAUAGCUAGAGUAACAAAAAAAAAUCAUAUUUCUCAAUCCACUUUUACUUCUGUCAAUUUAUUUUUUGGUUGAAAGAAAACAUAAAUAUUUUGAUGUAAGAAAGAUGUUCUUGUUUGCUGAUAUAAAUGGGCUGAUCCCCAUGGACAGAGAAUGGUGCUGGUUUUGAUGUUGUUGUGAUGCCCCUUCUCUACAAGAGACUAGCAAAGGUGAAAUCACUUGUAAGGUUGCAAACCAUAAACCAAGCAAUGUCAUUGUGUUUUGGAUCCAGAGCUACAUUAUUAGUGUUCUGUUGUGUGUACCUCCGGAUCUUUUUGUCCUUAUUAAUACCCUAAGCUGACUGUUAUAAACACUGUUUUGUCUGUCUUUAUCUGUCACUGUGCAAUUGUCACAUAAAAAAAAAUGUUUGAAAAUAAAUCCUCUUUCCUGAA